GUAUUUCUUCUUUGAAAAAUAAUUUAAUCAGAAUUUAAUUGGUUGUUGGCCGUAAAAGACAUAUUUUAUUGGACAAAGUAUAAAUCAAAGUAAAAUGUCAUGUAAUUUAUUGACAAAAAACUAACCAGGUCAAAGUCCCAAAAAAAAAAGUUCAACAGGUGGUAUCAAAAUGUGUAAAAUAAAAGGAGCUAUUUUAUGAAAAAUAAAUAAUAAAAUGAACGAAGUAAGUUAAAAAUAAAUAAUCAUUCAAUAAGAAAAAAAUCAAUAUAGAAAAUUUAUAAUUGAAUUAAACAAUGCGUCGAAAAUCACCAAUAACCAUUCAACAAUGGGUAGAUUCAUUGCCCAUACCGCCAGCACAACAAAAUAAUAAACCAUUAUCUAGUGAUACAACGAUGUCAACGACUGAAAAAGAUAGUGACGAUACCAUAUCAAAAAAUAAUUCUACAACAUCGAAUACCACCAAUAAUCAAACUGGUAGCUCUAGUAGUGCUAAUAUUAAUAUUCGUGGAAUACUCAGCCGUGAUGCAUCAUUUCAAUCGGAUGAUGCUUGUAGCCAUUGUUCUAGUGUCGAAUCCGUAUUAGAAUUUCGACGGCCGGAUCCUGAAGAAGUUCUUAUUGGAUUAGGUUUUGGACCAUCGUAUGAAGAAGAUGAAACUGCUAGAAUUCCAAAACGCUUUUUACAUCCGUCCAAGCUUGCUGGAAUUAAUGUCGAACCGUUCUUGCAAAAGGAGAAUAAAGAUAAUCCUACUACUUAUUAUUGGCCAGCCAAUAUGACAUCAUCAUUGAAUAUUGGACGUGAAUUCAAGGACAUUCCAUAUAGAAAAGACUCAAAUACUUUUGGAUAAUUUUUCUUAAAACUUUUUGACUGAGCUUAUUAAUAUAUUUUAUGUAUUUAUUUAUUGCAUUCUAAAAUGAAAUUGUAUACUUUUCAAUCGAACAAUUCACAAACUAUUACAUUCUACAUACUUUAUGCCAUAUAUGUACUAAGAUAAGAACUUAAUAAUUAUUCAAAUUAAUUCAGUCAAAUUAAACAUUGAAUGUUGCAUCAAAUCAGCUAUUUUUGAUUUUUAGACAAGUUAUUUAAUGGAGGGUUGAGAUAAGAAGAACUAUCUCUGUAUAUAAAAAGUGUCCAUCGAAAAGCAGCAAAUAAGUAUGGCGCUGAUGUAGCAAAAAUGUAAGUUUUAAAAUAAGUGCUCAAAGUAAUAAAAGUAGUUUUUAGAGAAGGAUAGAUAAGUUCACAUCAAACAUCUUUUGCUAUACAAGCGUCAUCCUAAUUAAUUUUAUGUUAUUUUGGACCCAUUUUACUCUAUCCCCUUUUUAAGAAAGUUCUCCUUAUCUCCACCCUCCAUACUUGUACAGGCAAUGGUAAAUGCAAGUUUACGAACUCGGUAGACGAUCGGAUCCUUCACCAAAA